AGAGUCUGUAAGAGCUCCUCAAAAGCUGACGAGCUGGAGGCACAGAAAACAUGAAGAUGCAGUAUGUCAUCCGUCACUACCAGCCCUCAGAUAAAGAACUCAUCGUGCCACUGUAUCGCCUUGUGGUGAAGGAGCAGGUCUACUCAGCGUUCAGGAUGGUCAUGGGGCGUCCGGAUCACAUCUGUGUGACCUUAAGCGUCUGCGUGACGGGCCACAUCUUGGGUGGGAGCUCCAGCGCCUGUGCCCUGCUGGCCGGCGGAGCUUGGGCUGGGCUGGUGUACUACUGCUGUCGCGAUGUGUACCGCGGCUACAUCAGGAAGAACCUCAGCUCGGGCCUCGGCGACGUCCCGUCCUUCCUGCGGGAGCGGCCCGACGCCGGCUUCUGGCUGGCAGAGGCGGAGCUCGCUGGCGGCUUACAGAUCGUCGGCAUGGUAGCCGUGGCGGGGAAGACGACGGAGAGGCGUGCGGAGAUACACUACCUGAUCGUGGCGCCCUGGUGCCGCCGGACCGGGCUGGGUUCCCAGCUGGUGCAGACGGCCCUGCACUUCUGCCGGGAGCGUCGGUUUGCCAGAGUCGUCCUGGAAACCACCUCUGCGCACACCGCCGCCAUUGCCUUGUACCGCGGGAUGGGCUUCGUGCACACGCUCACACACAGCAGCACAGCGUCGUCUCGCUGGGUCACCAGGCUGUCUGGGGUCACUGUUUUACAGCUGGAAAACGAGCUGUGACAGUGUGCUACAUGGGUACCCAGCCCCAUGGGUACUAUUAAUUAAAUUAUAGUUGGUACACUUCCUAAAUUAGACUGAUUCAUUAUCUUUAAAUUACACUCGCAUUUGUAAAAGAAUGAUAUAACCAUAUCCCCUACAUUAAAUGGUGCCCUGUGUGAGUAUUAAAGUUACGUAUGUCCCCUACAUCACACACUUGUGCCUGGUUUAAAUGGUUUAGUCCUCACAGAACCUCUCCUUUCUAAAGAUCAUACAGGGGAAUAUGCCCCCCAAUCUGCAAGCAGCUUCAUUCUGUCUAAUGUGUUCAUUCCCAAUUCUGGGUUCAGAAGCAUUAUGUCAUGGUUACCGGCAUCACAUACUAAUAAACAUUUGUGCUGACCUCCGUCUACAUAUAGUUUUGAAGCAGAGAAAGGAGUAAGUUAAUGGCCUUGGACCAGCAAUUACUAUAUGUGAUUUAACAUUUUUACAUGAUACUGCAGCGAUGAGACAUCUUGAAUAUGAAAAAAAGCAUACAAUGUAAAAAUAGUUGCCAGCUACUGCGAUAAGAAAAACAUGCAUUUAAAUGAAAAUUAUGUAAUAUAUAUCAUGAUAUUUUGGUGUCUUUUCAUACCUGUAUAAUAUUUUGCAUCUCUAAUUCAAAAAUCUCACAAGCAUGGGUCCAAGUGCAGGUCUGUCCUGAACAAAAUAGCUAGUUGGAAGUAAAUUAAACCAUAUAUAAAACUGCACAAGCAAUCAUCUCCAAAUACAAACGUUUGUAACUUUAAGCAUUGGUAGGUUAAAACCUGAAGCUACAUUUAUAACAAACACAAGUGGAUUUUAUUUUUAAUGCAAUCAUAAUUUUUUUUUUUUUGGAUUCAAUUACUCUAUUUAUUGCAGGACCGUUUAUUUGCGCCCGUCUCAUCAGAGGCUGCUCUGGGAGGGAGGGGCUAGAUCAGCAGGGCAUUCCCCACCUCACUGCUCCUUAGCAGCUCCUCUGGCUCAACGGGAUUGGACAGCAAUUUCGACUUGGCAUUCCAGACUGGGAGAAAAAUCCGGUUAGUCAUAAAAGACUGAGCACCACAAUUCUGUGCAAUAUUAAAUGCCUUUUUAU